AUGGAGACAGUCCCAUCGCUAUGUGCAACGGGUACUGUGGGCGUCGCAGCCGUGGGUUUCGCUUUUGGCCAUCCGCAACAUUCGGCCGCUGCAAGACCGACAUCAAACAAGAGGAGAACUAUAUCUAGAGCUGGCUUGGAUGACUUUCAGCCUCUUUCCAACACGCCAACAACACCAUCAGCGCUGCCCCAGACUGCCCCUGCUCCAUCCUCAAGACUUCGAAAGCGAACCUCUCUUGGCCGGCCCCUAACGUCGUCGAAUAAUCCAAGACGCGGAACGAGAACGGUUGGCUCGACACCCGACACUAGGGUUGAUGCCGAAUUUGGGGGAGGGGAGGCAGGGCAUGCUUUGCUGCAAGAGCCUGGGCUUUCCACAGGCCACGGACCUUUUGCGUUCGAGUUCAAAGGCUCGGAGAAUACUCCUCCUCCAAAUUGGCUCAGGCGCAUCUCGAGAUCAUCUCUCAAGAGUGGAAGUCCUACGCCCACCCCUCGGCCGCGCUCGCCGUCCAUGUCCUACUCCAAUGGUUCAACAGCACCGAUUUUACCUAGCUUUGGUGAGCCAUUGGCCGGCACAUCAUCACGAAAUAAGCUAGUGAAGCGAAGCUCUUCACAAAGGGCCCUACAUGGGUUCGACGGUAAUGCUUUACAUUCCACGCUUCGCAGACCGGCCACCAGCCAUCAAAGAUCCGCAACGCUUCAGCAGCAGUUUUUGCAGGAUCAAGAGACACGUCGACCGUCUUUGGGCGCUUCAUCCAUGUUGCUCAACGAUCUUUCCGAGGAUCAUCAUUCGUACGACGAAUCGUCGCAACUGUGGCAACCUUUCUUCAAGCCCCAACUUCCAGGAACAAUCAAAGAUGGUUCUUCACGGAAACGUAGUGCAAAUGGAAUGCUGAACCGGAGUGACACACCUAAGAGUAUCGUUCCAGGCAUCACCGAACUGCCUACUCUACUUCUGGCGACAUCCAUCAGUUCACGAUCUUCAAACGAAGGCAUCAAUGGCCGUGCGUCGAAUAUCUCCGCUCUUAGCAGACCCUUCACUCCUGGCGGAUUGAAUGACUUCACCUCUCCUGCAGUCGAUCAGACAAAAGAUGAUGUCAAUGCCACUCCCGAGCUCAAGCAAAGACAUUCAUUUUCCAUAAGUGAAAUGUUUCCGUCACCGUCGCCCUCGACGUGGAUGCCCCGCUUAGGCAGCCUUAAAAGAGGUAAAGGCUUUAGCAGGAGCACCGCCGACAGGAGGGUCGUCUCUGCCCCACAAGCUUCCAAACCUCGUAUAGGCGCCCCAUUUAUUCCGGUUCAAGGAGCCGUCGGAAGGCCGCCCACACCCACCAGCCGCCACUUUAUGGAGAGUCAGACAAGCCCUUUCGAGGCGCACUCACGUCCUACCAGUGUCCAGCAGAGGGGUGCAUCUUCGCCGCUUCCACCGCUGAACCGUCUGUCCGCUUUCGAGGUUAAUCUUCCAGGCACCAAUCCCUCGUGCCCUACAACUCCGCAGCCAGAGGACCCGACUUCCCCGCGCGUCCCAUCUGGGCAUUCUUCUCUAUCGACGUCAUAUCCCAUGGGCCAAGCUAUAACUAAGACUAGGGCUUACCGUUACUCAUCGAAUCCGUCAGAGCAUGGCUCAACUCUUUUAGGAUCGGACAACGAGAACAGCCGUCUGAUGUCAGGCGACGAAGACGAUAUGGAUUCUCGAAGCGGCACUAUGUAUGAUUCUACGAGAACUGGUGCAACAGGUAGUAGUCAUUCUGGCGUACGGAGGCCUCCUAUCGAAAGGAUAUUCGACGAGUCCUCACUUCCCCAACUGCCUUCCAAGGAUAAAUUAAUAACGUUGCAGGAUCUGCUGGCACACGAGUCAUUCGCGCACACUGAUCAAAGGGGGCAUCGUGCUGUUGAGGAGGAGCAGGAUGUAUCGACGCCCGUUCGAGAUACUGCGUUAUGCAAGGACGAUGAUAGCUCCACUCCCAUGCAUGAAACCAGCAAAAUUUCUUCUGACGUUUCUCCAUCUCCGCCCAUCGCUCAGAUGGAGCCCAGAACGUCAGGUCCUUCUGCUCGAGAUAUGGAGAUCGACCAAGAAGACGAGUUAUGGUCUUUUGAUCCAACGGAUGACUUGCAUAAAGCGGGUAAUGGUGCAAGUUUCCCAUCACCAAGCGAAGGGAGUAAAACCUCCUUGGCCCAUCCCGGUGGAGACCUAUAUGGCAGACGAGAGUCUCCACCUAACGAUCGAUUAGAGAUGCCGUCGAAGUCGAACAUCUUUGAGUGGUCAGAACCUCCCACGACGGAUAAAGACACUUUGGAAGGAGAAUCGCCUCGGCCAAAGACAGUUCAUGGCAGACAGGGCAUAGAUAUGCGUGGGAGUCGUCCAACUGGACGUCGGGGUCUCAGUGCUCUACAUCUGCGGAGCCAAAGCGUCCCUGUCCCGAAAGAUACGGGAAGUUAUCGCAAUGGCAAUAAUCCACCCAAGCUUCUGGGCAACAAAGGUCCCAGCGAGGAUUGGGAUGGCGAUUUCGACUUUGACGAGCCUUCCCGUGGUCCCAAACAAGCAACAACCAGCACCGAUUACAUACAUUCCAGCCUUUCUUCUGGUAUGCUCGUUCCUCGUGCCAUUCUAGAGAGACAAGCCAGCGUCCACGGGCAGUUCGGUCAGGUCAAAGAGUUGACUCUGCUUGUGGAGGAGCUAAAGCGGCUUCAACAACAAGCUAGCGGUCAGGGCAUUAUGGAGGGUCAAUCUAUUGAGCUAUGGAAGGAGGCAGAGGGUAUCAUUAAUCUCGCCACAUUGGAUGAUGAGAAGGAGCUAUUUCCGCCACGAUCUCCUCACUCUCCGAGUUUUGACUUCGAUCUGUUCGACGAAGACUCUCCUCGGAGUCGACGGAGAUCAGGGCUCUCGCCUUCCAAAGAGGACCGGAUGAGUUUAGUGGAUGAAUCCUCCGGUUCACAGCCCUCGUCGAGACGGUCGUCAGAACUUCCAAAACUCGAGUCAUCACCGCCGACCUCCAGGCCGCGCAAGGAGUCGUCGGCCAAAGCCAAGUCUGUCCUCGAGACUAUCCAUCAACAGCGCAGACAUUACGAGCCGGAACUCCUCGAUGCGAAGCUCGCUCAGAAGAAGCUUCCUUUCGACACCACCUCCCUCAAAGACCUUGUCACACGAGCCGGCGUUGUCACUCGGGCUCUGAAAGAAAUAGUCCGCCGAGCCGAGAAUGGUCCAGAGACACCGGAUUCUCGACCCACCACACCUAGAGAUCCGCCUUACACUCAGAUGUUUCAACAAGCUCCUCCCACACCUACGAUCACCAAAAGUCCUCGCGUCACGCAGAGUCCUAGAAGCCCUAGAAGCCAAAGAGGCAGUCCUUUCCUGGGGGGAAGCAUUGCUGGCAAUGAUAAUGACAUCAACGGACAUAUGAAAAUCAUGACAGUUGUCUGA